GCAACCCUUCCUCUUUGGGCUGUUCCUGUCCAUGUACUUGGUCACCAUACUUGGGAAUCUGCUCAUCAUUCUGGCUGUAAACUCUGACUCCCACCUCCACACGCCCAUGUACUUCUUCCUCGCCAACCUGUCCUUUGUAGACAUCUGUGUCACUUCUACCACAGUCCCCAAGAUGCUGGCGAAUAUACAAACACAGAGAAAGGUCAUAACUUAUGAAAGCUGUAUCACGCAGAUAUACUUUUUCAUACUCUUUGUAGUUUUGGACAAUUUCCUCCUGACUGUGAUGGCAUACGACCGCUUUGUAGCCAUCUGUCACCCACUGUGCUACACAGUUAUCAUGAACCCCAAGUUCUGUGGGCUGCUGGUUAUGGUGUCCUGGCUCUCGGUUGUCUCCUUAUUUUAUUGUACCAGCCUAGGUGUGUACUUUAGCUCUGCUGCUUCCCAGAGCUCCCACUCAAGUGCCACAGCCUCGGUGAUGUACACGGUGGUCACGCCCAUGCUGAACCCCUUCAUCUACAGCCUGAGGAACAGAGACAUAAAGGAGGCUCUAAAUGUCUUUUUCAGAGGGAAGCCAUAA